AUGUCUCCUUCUGUUUCAGGUUCGGUUUUCCAAUUUCACAUUUCUAAACCAGAAGAAGAGGAAGGAGACGUGAGCGAAGGAGGAGGAGGAGACUUCCCGGAGCCACCGGAAGAAGCGAAGCUCUUCGUUGGAAACUUGGCUUAUGACGUUGAGAGCCAGGCCUUGGCUAUGCUCUUUGAGCAAGCCGGUACUGUUCAUCAUGCAUUGCUUAAGUUCAUGUAUGUUCUGUGCAUUGCAAUUUGCAUCCUUUGUUAUAUACAACAGGGAAACCAACCAGAGUCGUGGGUUUGGUUUUGUGACAAUGAAACAGCUGUUGAGAAGUUCAAUCGUUAUGAUCUGAACGGACGGCUUUUGACAGUAAACAAGGCAGCUCCCAAAGGAUCACGUCCCGAACGCCAACCACGGGUAUACGAAGCUGCAUUCAUAGUGUACGAAGGUAACUUCUGGUGGUAAUUUUUUUUUUUUUGGUUCUCUUCUUUGAAGCAAAGCUUGGAGUAGAGAAACACAAUCUCUGUGUUGUUAAUAAUACUACGAACAUCUUAUAAAGUGUUGUUAUGUUCGGUCCUUCUGACAUAGGUUGAAGUAAAGAUUCAAGUGUGAUGUAUAUUGAGUUUCAUUGUGCAUUUUUACUUGUAAUUAAUUUUGAACUUU